UAUAAAUGUAUAAAAGCAUGACAUUAUAUUUUCCUUACCAAUUCGAACAGGAUGCGGAAAAGUAUUUAUCAGUUGUCCAGCGCCUUUGUCUUCAUUUUGACAUUGUGCCAUGGUGAAAAGGAAUGGGACUCCUUCGUAUUGAGUUUGACAUGGCCGGUUACACUUUGUAAAUUCAGUAAACUGUAUAACAAAGAUCACCCGAAAUGUGUUGUUCCUGCUAUGAUGUGGGAAAUCCACGGGCUAUGGCCUUCUUUUAGCAGUGGUGGUCGGUCUCCGGAGAAGUGCAAAAUAUCGCACAAGUUCCGCAAAGAAGAAAUAAAGGGUAUAUUGAGUAAACUUGAAAAAUACUGGCCAGAUCAGCUCCCUGGAAAAAAUAAAUAUCAGUUUUGGGAACAUGAAUGGGAAAAGCAUGGGAGAUGUGCCACAGUUGUGAAGGCUACAGGAAGUGAGCUGAAGUAUUUUAACAGAACGAUUGCUCUUCGCCAACAAUUUGAUGUAGACAGGAUGUUGUCUUCAGCUGGUGUCAAACCUGGAAAGUCAUACAAG